AUGAAGGAUCGCCUAGACGCGGGAGAACAAUCGGGUGUCGUCUAUCAGAUCCCAUGUCUGGACUGCCCUCGCCACUACACAGGACAAACCGGACGACGACUUAGCUCACGAAUAACGGAGCACAAACGGGCGGUUAGGAGAGGUGGUCCGUUGUCUCAGGUCGCCACUCACACCCUGGAGGAAGGCCACGAAUUCAACUUCGCGGGCACGCGGAUAGUGGCGCAGGCCAACAAUAAGACAGGACGAGACCUGUUAGAGGCCUGGGUGUCUGACACCAACUCUAUCAACAGGCACGUUGACAUACCCCUCCUGCUAUCACGCGCUCCGUUCCCGCGGCCAAGAGGUGAGAUCCAAUUUUUAGCCAAGGGUACACGCAGUCACGCCACCGUGAGACGGAGUGGGACUAAACUUAUCGCGAAUACCACCCUCUGCACUCAUAUCAAUCCCCCCUUCGUGGCUUGACUACAAAAACCGCUCAUUUGAUGUCGCAUGCUCACAGUCUCUGACGAUGGCCUCCUGUACGAGACCGAAAGCUCAGACAAAUAAAACUAUUGUCCCAGAGAUCGAGUUUUCAUCUUCUUAACAACAAGAACCUGGGAUCCGCAUAUUGGCUUCCAUACGUGAGUUCGGACGUCAAUCCAACGGACAUUGCUUCUCGAGGUACGUGCAACUUUGUGCUGGUACGUAGAUAGUUGGUCGGUCCGGAAUUUUUAGUUCAGCUUGAACGCGAAUGGCUUGUACAGCCUCCAUUAGGACAGCCUGAAGACUUGGAAUUCAAGAGGACAACAGCCCAAAUUCAUGUAUUAAAUCAAUGUGAUGGUUUAGGCGAAGUAGUUAUGCGUUUUCAGUUUGGACGAAACUAGAAAGGGCUUUGGUCUGGAUUCUGCGUUUCAAGCCGUACGUCAGAGUCAACCCUGGCAAGGCACCUCAGGAGACGCUGAUGUUGGGUCCUAUCCGAGUAUCUGAAAUGCGCCAAGCUAGCAUUAACUUGAUAAAGCUUAUUCAAAGGAAGCACUUUUCAGCAGAAUUGGAUAUUCUGCAGUUUACACAAGCAGAUUACCAGAAAAGAGAGUCCGUGAGAAAUAUUGGCCUGAGAAAGUUAUGUCCAGUUUUGAUUGAAGGAGUAAUGUGCGCUUGUGGUCGCCUGAACUACUCAAAUUUUUGUGAAUCGUUGAAACCCCCGUCAAUCCUCCCAUACAAUCAUCCCGUGACGGAAUUAUUCACACAUUACUUUCAUGAAUUGGAAGGCCAUUAUGGGACAGUACACGUUCUAGGUGCAAUCCGUCAAAAAUUUUGGAUCCUAAAAGGAACCGCUUCUGUCAAACGUGUCAUCGGUAGAUGUUUAUUUUGCAGGAGUAAAUUUCGACAACUUCAGGGGCAGAUUAUGUCCCCUCUUCCCUUAAAUAGAAAGGAAGUCGGUUGGUAUCCUUUCAAGUGCGUUGGGGUGGACUAUUUUGGUCCGUUGAUGGUCAACCUGGACGACCUUCGGAGAAACGCUAUGGUAGUGUUUAGCUGCUAACAGACGAGAGCCGUUCAUCUUGAGAUAGCCGCCAGCCUGAUCAUGAAUUCUUUUGUCCACUGUCUGAUGAGAUUCGUGAGUGGACGCGCACGUCCUACUUACAUCUACAGUGACAAUGGAACCAAUUUUGUUGGAGCGGUAGCGGAACUCCGAAAGGACUUACAUAAUUGAGACCAGAAGAGAGUGUCUGACCAAAUGCUAACUCUAUAGAUACAGUGGCAUUUUAACCCACCCACGCCAGCCAUCGGGGAGGCACCUGGAAACGCAUGAUCAGGUCUCUACGACGGAUUCUUCUUGCUCUCUGUAAGGAGAAUCCUCUAACUGACGAACAGCUUGGCACAUCCUUCGUGCGGGCUGAACGUAUAUUAAAUAAUAGACUUCUUGUCCUGCUUACAUCAGACAGCAACGACUUGGAACCGCUUACCCCGAAUAGGUUAUUGUUGAUGAGGGACUGUCCAGUGCUGCCUUGCGUUGACGAAUUGAUGGCACGAUACCACGUUGGAUGGAAACAAGUACACUACCCCGCUGGCGUGUUCUGGAGACGAUGGGUAAAAGAAUAUCUCCAGAGUCUGCAGAAACGAACAAAAUGGGCAAGAGAAGCCGCGGAACUGAAACAGGGUGAUGUUUUUUAGUUUCUGGGGAGCGCAUACCUCGUGAGAAUUGGCCUUUGGAGGUAAUAGAUACGUGCGAAAGAAGUCACGACGACCUCGUUAGGACGGUACAUAUUAGAACGGUGGGCGGUCUCUUAAAAGGGACGUUAGAAAGAUUUGCCUAAUUGAGCGUCAGAGCAGCCGCAUACCUCCAAACACGUCGGUUGUUCUCAAGAACCGGACGUGGAGAAUUGACGGACGGUGUUGCAUCCAGCUGGUCAACGUUUGGAAUUAUCCACGCCCUCCUCCCAAGUGCUUCCACAUUUGGCCCCUGUCGACAUUCCCUUUCCCCCCUUUUGUAACUCUCUUUCGAGCGUGAUCGGCGUUCUUUUAAUUAACUGGUUUUGUAUUCUGACCAUGAGCUGGGAAUUCGACUUGCUCGAAAAGUAACAAAGGAAUUCUUUUUUCAAGGGUACCAAUCGUUGAGGUUUGUACGUUUUUUAUUAUUAGCUUAUUCUAUCAUUAGUACCGUAUAUACACCGAAAUUUGUUUUGGCUUAUACGCGUAACUCAGUCGACAAGGAAUUCUACAGAGACGGUCGCAGUUUUUUGCGAAACACUAUCAAAAUCCCAUUUCAAACUGAAGCGUGUGACGUCGACGUCACCGUCCUUUUCAAAUGUGUGAGCCAGCCUCAAAAUCGAAGACAAUAAAUUAGGGAAGUGUUACGGAUCAGGGAUUUGAUAGGGCCGUUUGAAUGAGAUAGGCACUCUUGAGCGCGGAUCCAGAAUGGAGAUAGUGUAACUGCGUGUCGUUGAAAACAACCGGUCCUCUAUCCUCACAUUCCCGCUGUCCCCUUCCCGCAACUACCGCUGAUAUCGUAACGUCUGUCCCGCUCCAGGACGGUUCCACGGCCCUACCCUUCAGCUGCCGACAGUGCUGCAUUCCCCACCGGUUUUCUAGCCGGCAUGUUAGCACCACUUCUGCUUCCAGUGGGUCACCUCUCCGGUCGAAAGUCCCAUCUUGCUUUGUUUUGCUUAUAGUCUUCUUAUGUACCAGGGCUUCCCGUUUCUAAGGUAUAAAUAUAUCAUAUUGCUUGAAUUUUCUUAUUCCUUGUUUGGGUGAGGGUGAUGAUGUGUUUAACAACUCUUUUCAGCCUAAUGUUAAUCAUAAAUUAUUACUCGUGUUUCUCGUUACCCCGUGUGUGCUGUACUCAGCACAUCCGACCGUUGCAACAGCACUACCGCUUCUGUGCGAAACUGUCUAGGGGUGCUGAGAGAAACUUUGUCGCCUCCAGAAUUUUAAAUAUCCAUUUCUCAAAAUGGACAUCUCCUGCUUUAAAACGGAUAGAAACAACGGUAGGUUGUGUAAACCCUAGUCAGUUUAAUACGGCGCUAACAGCGGUUUUACGAUCGGGACACCUCAUCGGAGGAGGAAUGAAUCGGCUGAAAGGAAAACCAAAGAGAUUUCCAUUAAAUUCUUUUUCUGUACCUACAUAUAACAAAGGUGUUUAGCGUUAUCCCCGAAUAACAAGCAAAAAACAGUUUUCAAUAAGGAAGAGGUAAUUCAUCAAGCCGCCAUUUGCAAAUUUGAAACGAGUCAGGACACAGUAGAACGAACAACAGGAAUUGCCAAAUAGUGCGAUUGUGAAAAUCUACUGCGAGGUAACAUGAUGCACAUAAUUGUUGGAGGAGUUGUAGAAAUACACCCUUUUGAACACGGAACUUCUCGGAUGACACAAGUGAGACCGCAUGUUUGUAUCUGCAUAAUAAGGCAGGUUAGUACUACAAUAUAGAAAUUUGGGAAGAUUAAAAAUGUUUACGUAAAGGUCAUGUACAAUAGUGAAAUGUAUUAAUGAACAGACGAAGUAAUGAGGCUAUUUUUUCUCUAUCCAACAUAGAGACUAUCGUCUCCAGGUUGCAGAAUAGUUAAACAAUCGCAGCUUCACUUUCUGACGAAAGCAGAAGAAAUAAACGAAUCUGUAAGCCCGGAAACAAAAGAAUACUGAUAAACAAGAGGACUUCUCCUUUAGAUGUCAAAAUGCCAAUGUCUAUGCCAAGUGCGUCAACAUUCAGAGGGAGAGGAAUGCGCUUUAUUUUGAAAUCAUAUGUUCAAAAUGUUCAGCAAAAAGUUGGCUCCAUUCACUAUGGGCAGUAAAUAAGUUAAUAGAGUAUUCAAGAGUCAAAGUUUAACACAAAGAUACGAUUAUUAUGGGGAUAGUUCAAGUCUUAUCUUCUGUAUUUCUGUCUCUUCGCACGUAAGAUAGCGCGCUAGGAAUGGCAAUACAGAAGCUCAGUAAGCCGAUGUGCGACAAGAUAUAAAACGGAAGUUGCGGCGCAUCGGGCGGGAAGACUUGGCAGACAUAAGAUAGGAAUGUAGGGGAUGGGCAACGUCAUCUAGAAUUCGACCAGCAAAUUGCUUGACCGCAUUGAAGUGUAAUUGUAAGACAGUGUCAACUAAAAAAAUAUAAGAAAUGCCAGCAGCAGAAGAGAGCAUGCGGAGGAUUCGUUUCAAAAUUAAAAGAUCCUUUUUUAACAAAGCAGGAAAAAUGACAGAGAACAGUAUAGGAUAAGAGGAAGAAUGCAGGCAUCAAUGAAUCUCCAGACUAAGGGGUGAGUUGUGUGGUAGGAACGUAAACGACGUAUGUAGUAAAGAAGUUUACGAACUUUAAUAAAUAGGGACUAAAUAUGGAGGGAAAAUGAAAGAUUUGAGGACAAAGUAACGCCGAGAUACCUGAAAGAGGAUACUUCGUUAGGAAGAAUGUCAGAGGAAUUAGGGUUAGGAGAGGGCCGCAGUCGAAAAAUACACUGAACGGAUUUUUGGUUGUUAAUUAGGAGACCAUUUUCCUCCGACCACGCUAGGACAUGGCUUAGACCAUCCUUUAGAGACCGGAGGUGUGUCUGACUUUUGAGAGGGUGUCCAACAACCACAUCGUCAGCAUACUUGACCAGAAGACAGUCAUUAGGGGACCUGAGAUCAUCAGUGUGGAGGGAGAAAAGGUGAGGGGAUAGAAUGAAACCUUGAAGAACACUGCAGUCAUUGGGAAGGGUCGAAGAUUUCCGCUUGCCAGAUUGGACAAAUUGGGUGUGGAAGAUAAAAUAAUCGCUCAGUCAAGAGACGACCCAGCCUGGAGAGCCACAUGCAGAGGUUUUGGAAAGGAGAAGAGGGCACGGGACGGCAUUGAAGGCGGAGGAGUAAUCAAGAAAAGCGCACGCAUACUCGCGGCAACCCUUGUCUAAUGCUUUUAGAGCAGAGUGGACCACAAGAGCGACAGAAUCUAAAGUACUCCGUUUAGCUUUGUAUGCAAAUUGUAAGGGGUCGGAAAAACUGGAAGAAAAAGGCUUUAUGAUAUCUAGGGCAACUCUCUCAGCAAGCUUUAGUAUUGCAGAGGAGCAGGCAAUUGGGCGAAAAGCUUAAGGACCAAAGUUAGCAGGCUUUUUAGGGAUGGGAGUGAUUCUCACUGUACGCCAGGCGUCGGGAAUCUUGGACUCCAUGAAAGACAUAUUGAUUAGGUGCGUUAAAAUAGGGGCUAUCUGAGAACUGCAAGAUUUAAGAAGAAAAGGCGAGACACCAUCCGGUCCGGCAGCUGUUGAUCCACGGACCUUUUUAAGGUGUUUCUCUACUGUUGCCAAAGACACGGGUUGGAAUUUUCUCCGUGAUAGGGGAAUGUCUUCUAAGGGAAGAUGGGAGUCAGUGUGACUAAAUAUAAAAUAUUUAUUUAGGGAGUCUAAAUCAGCAUCCACAUGCACCAGCGUGUUGCGAUGGCCAGUGAGACGCUUAAGACUUUUCCAAAUAUCAGAUGUGGAAGGGGGAAAAGGAGGAAAAAAGUUGGCUGACCAACAGGCUAUUUAGCCUGUCAAUCUCUGUUUUUAUUAAUACGGUAACGUCCUUAAGGUUAUCACGUAAGCCUAGCUUGUAAAGGAGUUCUUUUUUACGUCUUGACGAUUUCAGAUAGGGGGAAGAAAUUCUGUCCGGUCGUACCAUAACAGUAUCAAAAGGGCAGCAAAUAUCGAAAAUUUCAUUUAAAAACGCUGUCAGGUUGGAAGAACAGGAUUCAACAUUAGAAUGUUUAAGGAAAGUGGGGAUAGUAAGAGAAAUGCAAGUCUGAAGCAUGAUAAUGUUUUGGGCGGACCUGUUGCGAACCUUAACCUUUCUCUCAGGCUUGGCAAGCAGUGCACGUUUUGAAGUGGAAUAGAUUUUGGAAAACACAAUAAAGUGGAAUGGUCAGAACCUGACAAUGGAGCCCUGUUUUUUACGCAAAAAAGCUUGCUGUGGUUAACCAGAAUAUGAUCAAGAGGGGCAUCUGAGCGAGUAUUAAAGGAGACAAGAUCAUCGAAGCCUAAAAGUGUAAGGGGACGUAAAUUCACGAGAUUAAAAUCACCGCAUAAGAGAGUAAGAUAGUCGCAGGAUAAUAUAGCAAGUUUUUGUGAGAGAAAGUUGAAAAAACGGGUUAAUGCGCCUUCACAGGAAGAGGGGGGAAUGUAAAUACUAACAAAUAUGAUGCCUUUAAAAUUACUUAACAAACGGGGCUUACAUAAAACAGCAAUUACAUCUACCAAAUCAUCAGAGUAAGAAAAAAGGGACUUACAGUCUCUACACCAACUCUGAUUACCGAAAAUGGUAACGCCUCCACCUCUGCCACAAGAUAAAGAUUUUCUAUUCGUUCGAAAGCAGUAGAAGGAUGGGGGAGUAAUAAGUUGCAAAUCAAUGUCACUAUUUAGCCACGUCUCUUGAAGGCAGACAACUUCAGUUUUGCUGUGUUCUUUUUUCGACAAAAGUAGCUCCAAAUCAUGGGCUUUGUUGAAAAUAGAACGACAGUUUGUCCACAAGAAGGCAGGAAUUGACAAUUUGUGAUUUGGCUGACGUUUGAAUGCGAGUUGCCAGCCACAACUGUGUUUUCUCCGAUGCAUAGGCCGUUGUUGACGAAUAUUUGAUAAAUUCAAUACAGAACGAUCGCAAAUAGGACAUAUUGGCCGUAAAGUACAACAGUUUGCAUCAUGGUCGUUCGUAAGUGAAAUUGACAAUUUAAUUCCGUUCAAAAGGGUGCUAGCGUACUGUAGAGACGACCUCAUAAUCUUAGCUCAGACAAACAAAGGAUGCAAAACAGUUCAAUAUGUCGAAGAGAAAAAGGCACAGUAAUGUACAAUUAGUAAAAAUCCACACGUGAAUGGAGAGCUACAAAAAUGGCGGCUCAAAUUCAAAAGCCCGCACAACACUUUACAAUCAAUUGUACUCAGCAUUUCGAGCAAAGGACCCCAGAAAAAUACCAGGGUGAUUAGGGCCUAUUAAAGCAGACUGAAACGAUAUCUCCUCGAAAGAGAACCUUUGUCGGACAAUGCAAUAUGGGUCCGCUAAACGAAGUUCAAAAGUUCCUGUGGUUUGGCUUAGCCCGCGUAGGAAAUAUUUUUUUUGUAUAUUGCUGAGAAACAUCCGGCGUCACAGUCUCCCGAGUGUGGAAACCGAAGGACUCCUUCCAUAAAGCAAGUAAACAACCGUUUAUAAGUGCAUUUUUGCACAUUAAGUGAAAUAAACUUAACUGUCUUAGUUAUGCGAGGGACCGCACACAAAUAUUCUUAGAGAAGUAAAUAAGUCACGACGUACGCGCACUACAACAGAAACCGUUUGGAGAUGUCGAGGAAGCCAAGUGUUUGUGUUCUAAACCAAGCGAAGUAAACUAAUAUGGGAAAAACGACCCCUACAGCACGCGUUGUAUGGUGCGUGCUGGCAUGGCACAAAAUGCUCAAUCACUACUUUGGAAGCAAUAAGUAGGCAGCGGCGCACGGAACCGGCAACGAAAUGCGACGCAAAUACAUUGGGAAAAGUGGGAAAUCAAGGUAAGACAAAUCGGCCAUGGCGAGAGAUGAGCAUAACCAGAGCGCAUCUCGUGCCAAAUAAAUUAUCACUAAAAACGUCAUGCGGAAACAACAAGGGGCAUGGGGUUGCAUCAGUGCGUUAGAUAACAUCCAAGGGGAGACUUCGAGUAGAUGUGAAUCAAGUAGCAAACUGAGUCCCACUAAACAAAUUUAGUAAUUGAUUGUACAUAUUAGACCCGAUGAAAUUUCACAACCUAUUCUUGCCUCGCCGUUUUGUCAUCCCUGAAGCCCUGCUCUUAAUGCAGCAAAACGGGUUGAGCAAUCGGGAAUUUACCCUACACUUCGAUGACCUCCUCACACUGUCCACAACAUCUUCCUCAGACUUUCAGAAAAUUUAUUACACCUUAAAUGUUCAUUGUACUCGUUCAUCAGCGAGUGGCCGAUGCCUGGAAUGGACUUCUAGAGUAAGUAAUAAUGGCAGACUCAGAAGAGACAUUUGCACAUAAAAUUUCUGCAUAUUUGCUUGAAAAAAACUGGAAAAGACAACUCGGUCACGCAAAACCGACGUUAUGCACAUACCUACCAUUAACGAAAGUGACUAUUACUUCAUAUUUUACGUCGUCGUUAACACCUGAAGGUAGCCGGGUUUCAGUACUACACCCUAAUAAAUAUUUUCUGUAAAAUGCACAUGUUGCUGACAAUUUAACAAUAACGUGUUUGUUUUCACCUCAGUAUUAAAUGGAACGUAUCCUGGGAGCGGUCGGGAGAUUAGCUUUUUAGUGGUGUUUGGAAUAGUUAUCCGUCAGGUGUUAGAAUAUUGCGUUCAGGUGUGGUUCACAUAGACAAGGCAAGAUUACACUGUUGUAAAGAAAGUUUAAUCAAGGGCGACCGAACUAGUUAGCAGACUGAAGUCAUUCUCCUAUGAGAGACGACUAGAAAGUUUCAAGUUUCUCCUUUGUCAUAAUCUUUCUCCAGUGAAACGAAGACUUGGGUCCCUCUUCUUAACUAAACCCCCAUCUUCUCAGCCAAACACUCAACAAUCCGGUCGUAAUGCAAUUAAUCUUGAGGAGCCAUUUGAUCCUAUUUAUGUGAAAUCGGACUCACUUCUGCCUCUUUAUUCUACAUCUCCAUCUCAGUCAAACCACUUGGCGUCCCCAUCUGUCUUCGGAUUAGCAGUAGUCCCAGCCGACGUUUCUAACUCCUCUGUUAGACUUUCUAGAGCGUCUACGAAUCCAUCUACACAAGCUGGAUAAAUAGCUUCGCCAUUUCAACGAGGUUCUCCGAGUUUUCCACUUAAGUUGUCUUGGAUAUGUCGUCAGAACGAGUGGUUCAAAAACUAAAUCCAAAUCUAAUCCAAAAUAAAGAUAGCGUUACUCCAUUUAAUGACAGUCCGUUUUUUAUUCAGUUCACUGAGGACUUGUAUAUAAACCCCUUAGGUCCAAUUAUGCCUCCAAAGAAUUAUUUAUUCCUCAUACCGGUAACCAACCAACUCCAUAUUAUUUAUCCUGCUAACAGCCCUUAUGUGGAUCACCCUAAGUCACUUAUACUUCAGCCUGAUUCAGGUCCUCACCGCUUAGGGCCAAUGGUUCUCGCGUAAUUCACCCUAACUCCUUUGACCUCUAUCCCAGGCCUGGCUUCCCACCACCUAAUUCUAAUAACCGCUUGCCCUUCUGCCAUUCGCAUCCAUCUUCCUUCUAGCCUCUACAGUUUCCAAGUUAACUACCAAUAAACCUAUCGCUGUUCAAGCUUUCAAAGUAGUCCAAUAUUUAAAACAAUAUAUACCUAGAGCUCUUGAAUCUCACUCUCAGCAUUUUCUUGAGGACUCUCCAUAUGCCAAUAGCUCUGGACCCAAUAAACUUUUUACGCAAAAAGCAGUGAUUUACAGACUAGCUAUUCAUCUAUAAAUUUCCCCAAAUGACUCUCGUAAUAGUCACGCUACUCAAAACACGUUAAGUAUUAUACCACUAAAUGCCAGGCCUGGUUUCUGGUUCGUCCAGUCUGGAUUUUAGCCUCUAUAGGAUAUUGUCAACUCUUCUAGCUGUUCUCAGUUCGUCAGGUUGCCAACAAGAGAUAAUAGUAUUCUAGAUCCUAUCUUUACCAAUUACGUUGCUCUCCUUUCCGUGGCCUACAAAAAUGGCCUUUUUGACAGUGGCCGUGUACUAAUUCACUGUUAGCUUCCAUCUACCCUUUCAAAAGGACCAAGACAACCCGAGUCCAUCUAGAUUGUGAUUUCGGAGACAACGACUCAACAAAGAACUAUAUUGGAUCACUGAUACAACACAGUUGUCUCUUCUGCUGUGAUGCGACAGUUUUAUGCGACGUCACAUCCGGUGUUCCCAAAGACAUCUUAGAAUUACCGCCCCGUAGAUAUCUCAAGCAUAAUUUUUAUGAUUGCACUGUUCUUUCCUUUUUUAACGGACUCAAUAGUUGAGGAGGCUGCUGCAUGACUUGUUCAAAAGUUUUUAUCCGUCUGUCAAAGAACUAUAAAAAUGUUUGAAAUGGUCUCAAGGAUGCGCCAAGCGCGCAAGAGGCUCCCAGUGAUCUAAAUCCUGCCGAAUCUGUUGUUACAGUCUUCUGUCAUCAGUCUCACUUUAAGCCUGGUCAAAAAUUCUCCUUUGCUAAACGACAACGAAAUCUCCCUCAUCGGUGACACUGGCAAGGCAGAAUUGUUUGGUGAACUCUUUGCAAAAUAUCCUACAACUGACUCCGAACCAUUUCUUCUCUUUCUCCCGCUUUGAUUUGGAUCACUCAACACAAUCGAUGCCACUUCAGACCCAAGUCAGAAACACAUAAGUCGUUUAAGACACCCUUACUCCUGGGAAGCAGACGAUAUUUCAAACUCGAUCAUUGGUAAGGCGUCAAACCUUCCUGGGUUGCUUAGCCAUUAACUAACAUAACUCAGCUUAUAUUCCAACUUAUAUUUCGGGCAAAAUCUUAUGGAAAAAUGGGAGACCUCAUUACUUUUCCAGUUUACAAGUCUGAAUCUUGAUCUGAUGUUAAUAACUAUCGGGACGCUCACAAAACUCCGUCUCUAGCAAAACUCCCUAAAAAGAUAAUUUUUAAUGGGAUUCUUGAUUUCUGUCUAUCUAAUCAGCUUCUGAACUCUGCUUAGUAUGAAUUUUUACCUGCAAGAUUCUGUGGAACUUGUCAUUAACCUUUUUAAACUCACCAAUUCUCUUCAUACUAAAUAGUUGUGGUUAUCUACUGUUAUCCUAGAAAGGCUUCCCGUAAGUUUCCGUUCAGAUAUUUUUUUAAUUGAAACUGGAAACCUUCAGAUUCCGGCCACACAUACUCGACUUCAUCAGGUCCUGCUUACCCAGCCGACUUCAGAAAGUCAUGGUGACAGCUACUCGAUGCCUCACACGAUCGCAAGUAACCGACGUCAGGGCAUGGUCCAGGGUCUGCAACUCCUCCCUUACAUAAAAGAUAUUUAGACAGAAAUCAGAAAUUCCCAAAUGUCCAUUUAUUCUGACGACCUUGAAUGUGUUCAUUCAGACUCUAAGGAUGGGGUUAUUGUUUACGGUGAAAAAAAGUUGACUUCGAUCAACUACACUUGCACAAGGCAGAUGGGGUCUUCUAAGUUCAGAUGUGGUUUCGUGUUUUUUGGUCCUGCCAAGCUCCCUAGUCCCACAGAUUUUAAAAAUAACCCAUUCUUAGAAUGCUUCGUAAUAAGGCACCUAGGGUUGAAAAUAGACUUAAAAAUAGGCUUAACAUAUGACCUUAUGCAGAUCGAACCUCUACAAAAACUGCGCAGAUACACGGGUCGUAUCACAUAUUUUUUCAAAUUUGAGGAUAAGUAUGAGGUAUUAUUUAAAGGGACUUUUCAAAGAGACAAACAAACAUUUACCAUCCGUUUUUACGAACAAAGUUCUUUAAAUACAGGGAUAUUCAUUCAGAAUUAUCAGUUUCCACUUCCCUUCUGAGUUUUGCUACACUGUGCCUGUUAACUAAUAGCCGCACUUGCAAUUAACAUUUUGUGCAUUCGAACUAACUCUAGCCGGGCACAUUUUCUUUGCACCAUUAACAUCUCCCUGGAACUCGGCCAUCAGCACUCCCAGAAGUUUUAAUUAAUCGUAACCUACCUGGAGAUAAGAUGAGAGUAAACGCCACGGGUCGGCGAAAGCUUUCGGCUUCUGUACCUAGGUAUAGCUCAAUUUAAUCCAGGCCAGAAAGCAUUAAUGACCAUUCCACACAUGUUGUUUUUGAUAGAUAGCUUAAUCUGCCUGCGCUUUACAAUUGCAACUGUUUUAUACUGAAGUUGGCACUAUGCUCUCAAUCCUGGGAAAAAUGUUUAACGGAAAUAAUUGCGAUGAUUCCUGUCAAGAAUGCAGACGUCUGACUAACUCGUUCAUCUGGUUGCGAGUGAUGCAAGUAAUAGGCAAAAAAGAGCUUAUAGCUUUUUCUUUAAAAAAUGUUCCUUGAUCUGCUUGGCCAGUUGAUGUUGCGGUUGAUUUCCUGUGCUCGUGUGGGUUUAACUAUAAAAUAACGGAUGUCAAGCGCCUAUCUCCCGGUAGCGAAAAUUUGCCCGAUUUCGUUAAGCUUUUUUUCACCAAUUGGGGUUGAUUCAAUCUUUGCCCACCAAGAUUGUGUUUCUGCAUAUCUGGAAAAUGCUCUGAGCCCCAUGGAGCGUAGCAUUUGGUUCCUUUUCCCAUAUAAACCUUCGUCUUUUAAGUGGAUUGCUCACCGAUUCGGUCACAUUGCAAGUGACCGUGAGAAUUCAGUUAAUCGUACGCCUGCGUAAUCUGACUCACUGUUCCGCCUUAGUCCUACACCUCCCUCCCAUUCAAGCCACCUAACGCUUUUAUCUGCCUCCUAAUUAACAAUAGUCCAGUUAUCGUCCCUAAUUAUCCUGAUAGUCCUCCUACAACGCACGAAAAUCCGUCUACAUCAGCUGGACCGACAGCUUCCCCACAUCAGCAGGGUCCUCCGGGUUCUCCACUAAAGUCACCUGUUGCAUGGUGUCAGGAUGAUGUGAUCCAAAAUCUGAAUCCGAAUCUGGUCCAAAAGAAAGGUAGCAUAACUCCAUUCAGCGGUAUGAAACCUUCUCCUAGAUUAACUAAGUCUUUACAGCCGAGCCCGUCCAUAAACUCCGCAGCUCCGAUUAUACCCCGAAAUAAUUUUCUGUCCCGCAUACCGGCCACUUACCAAAGCCCUACUAUAUAUCAUGUAAGUAGACCUUACGUAAAUCGCCCUUACUCGUUUACCAACCAACUUAGUCCAGGCUUCCCACCGCAUAAGGCCAACUUUUCUCAUGUACAUCAAAAUACUUCCUUUGACUUUCAUCGUAGACCUUGUUUCCGACCUUUUAAUUCUAUUGGCUGCUUGUCCUCCUUCGCUAAUCUCUACUUUCCUUCAAAGCUCCCCCCUCCUCCUCCUCCCCCUCCUCUUCCUCCUCCUCCUUCUUCUCCCCAAGUUAACUGCCAACGAGCCUAUCCCCGUUCUCACUCUCUUAGUAUUUCAAAGUCUGAAAACUAUAUUUCCAAGUCUUUUAAAUCUCCCGCUUAUCCGUUUCUUGCUGACUUCCCAUAUGCCAAUAACUCUGGGCUCACUGGCACUUAUUCCACAAAUAACAAUAGUUCACAGUCUACCCAUCAACCUCCAAACUUUCUUCCAAAAUACUGUCGAAAAUAGUCAUGCUGAUAAAAAUACAUUGACUAUUAAAUUAUUAGUGCCAGCUCUGUUAUAAACAAGAUGACCCCAAUCAGAGCUAUUGCUCUCAAAAAGACGCCAGAUAUUACGUGUAAAACAGAAUCCUGGACCCAUUCUUUAAUUCCUGACUUCAGCUUCUGCCAUCAAUACCGCUUAAUCAGGCGUGGGGCAAUUGCCUUCUUUAUCUUGGAUCCUACCUAAAGCACUUUCCCUAUUACGUGGAUGCCAGCAAAAGAUAACCACAUUUUAGAUCUAAUCUUUACCAAUGACAAUGGCCCCCUUUUUCUUGCUUUCAAAAAGGACCCUUUUGAUGGUGGCCACGUAUUUAUUCAUUGUUGCCCACUGCUUGCCUUUCCAAGGAAGACUAGCACGGUUCGGACCUACGUAAACGACGACUGCGUGGACAACGCCUUAAUAAAUAGCUAUAUUGGAUCACUAGAUUGGUGUGGGUUGCUCUCCUGUAAUGAUGUAGCCGUUCUUUGUGACGUCAUGUCCAAUGUUUCCAAAACGAUCUUAGAAUUUGUGUUUCGUAGAUAUUUCAAGUCAAUCUCUACGGAUUCCCCUGUUCCUCACUUUCUUUGCGACAGACUAGAAGUUGAGAUAGCAGCUGCGUGUUUUUUCCAUUAGUUAUUUGUACGUUCAUCUUAGAAUCACAGGAAUUUUCGAAAUUGCCUCGAGGAUGCGUCAAGCGCGCAAGAGGCAAGGAGAAUCACUUGCUCUCAGUGAUCCGAACUCUGGCAAAUCCGUGGCUAGAUUCUUCCGUCACCGGGCCUCCUCUAAACGUGGUCACGAAAUUCCAGCGCUGCUAAACGAUAACAAAAUCAUCCUCAUCGGUGACACUGACCAGACGGAGUUGUUUAGUGUUCUCUUUGCAAAGCACCUUAUUGCUUAGUCCGAAUUAGUCCUUUCUUUCAUUCACUUUCAGAUAGAACAGUAAGUAAAAUCGAUAAUUGCGAAACACAUAAGUGCUUGAAAAACACACUGCUCGGGAACGGACGGGAUUCCAUGCUCGAUUAUCAAACAGGCAUCCGACCUUCUCAUAUUGCCUUUUCACUUAUUCUCGAUUAGUAUUUCGAGUAUAUUUGUAAGGUAAACAUGGGAGACGUCAGUCUUCCUUCCUGUCUUCAAGUCCGGAUCUCGGUCAAAUGUCAAUAACUAUCGUAACGUGUACAGAACUCCGUUUCUAGCAAAACGUCUUGAAAGGAUAAUUUUCAAUAUGAUUCUUGAUUUGUGAAUAUCUAAUCGGUUUCCCGGUUCUAAGCAGCAUGGAGUUUUACCUGAACGAUCCUGCGAAACUUGCCACAUAGCCUCUUGUAAUCGAAUCACUUCUAUUCAUAAUUAAUAGCUGUCAGUAGUAGUUAUCUACUUUGUUCUUAGUAAAGCCUUCGACAAGGUGCCACACAGACGUCUGUCGGGAAAAUUGGAAGCUCUCGGCACCCGGCCUCCUCUACUCGACUUCACCAGGUCCUACCUGUCUAGCCGUUCUCAAGAAGUCAUGGUUGGUAUUGGCUACUGAACACCUCACUCGAUCACGAGUGGCGUACUUCAAGGCACGGUUCUGGAUCCGCUGCUCUUCCGCUUUUCAUCAAUGAUAUUUCAAAAGGAAUCACAAAUUCGUAAACUGUUAUUUAUGCCGAUGACCUCAAUUGUUUUUACUCAUAUUCUAAGGACACUGCAAAGGUUUAGAGUAAAAAAAUUAAUGCAGAUUUACUGCGCUUGUGAAAAUGGAGUUCAAGAUGGCAGAUGGAGUUCUCAUCAUCCAAGAGCAAUUUCACGUCUUUUGGUCCUGCUAGGUUUCCAGGUCCCAUAAUUUUUCAGAAUAACCCACUCAGAAUGCCUCAGCAUAAAGGACCCUGGUUUAAGUUAUCCAAAUAAUCUUGCUUUAUCAUCUCAUGCAGAUAGAAUCUCUGCAAAAGCUGCGCAGAUAUGUGGGUUCCCAUCACAUAUUUUUCCUCCGGAAAUAAAGCAUAGAUUUUAUCAAAUGCUUAUUGUUCCCGCUCUCGAAUAUUAUCGUCCAAUCUUUGAUUUAAUGAAUGCCUGUUACCGUUAAAAGAUCGUAAAUGUUCAGAGGGUUUUUACCCGGAAACUAUCCUCUCAAGUCGCAUCAGGUACUUCUUAUACUCAGAGAUGUCAGCUGGCGAACAUUAAGUUUUUGUGGGUUAGAAGACUCAAAGCUGGCCUGUGUUUCCUGUUUCGCAUUAACUCUAACUCUAAUCUUCCGCACAUUGACAUUCUUACUUCAAGAGAUCGGUCUUAUGCCAUGCGUAAUUCCUCCACGGUGCUUCGACCGCUUCUUUGCUCUACAUCCAAACGCUCCCUCUUUUUACAUCCAAAUAUGCCUUCGUUUGAAAUGAUCUUCUACCAGAACUUAGGUUAUUGGUAUUCAAGUCGAAAUUAGGCGAACACUUUACAUCGUAAAGCAUAAAGGCGCUAUUGAACGUUCCAUUCCCGAACACUACUUCUGGAUUUUGAAAAUGGUCCUUCUGGGAUUUAAGGAUAAAUAUUACGUAUUUUACUCGUUUACCUGGAAACAGUCACUCGAAUUUUUACGACCUCAUGUUUUACUAGUUUGCUAAAGCCACUGCCAUUACCCCAUGAAGCGGUACUUUUCGCGGAUUUUAACGUCCUCUCCUCUUUUAAAUUCUGAGCGAUCUCUUGGCGAUUACGCGGAUUCUCGGUUUACGCCACCCGCUAGUAGUUUAAUUGGUAAUUAAAAGAGUAUUAUGAUUGUAGCUCUCUGCGCCCUGACGAUCAUAGAAGCCCGUAAUUUUCCCUCAUCCCGUGAACUCCGUGUGAAAAAUGACCGACCGCGUUAGAUUAUCCUGUCUCGUCACCUUGACAAUUCUUCCUUGACGUUGGACCUUUCGAAACAUUAUGUGCUCUCGCCUGCAGGACGUUCCUGUCCCAUACACAUAUUUACCCUCCGUUAAGAGACAGUUUUGUCUCCUUAAAAACCAAUGAAAUACAUUCGUUUUGUCUUUCUCAACCAAAUCUGAUGGGGGUUUUUCACACCCCACUACCUAUGUUAUAGACACAAACCGAACAAUGCACAGUGUUUGUCCACUCGUCCUAAAAUUCGCUCAAAAGUGCACUUUUACUCCUCAUGAAAUUAUCCUGAUGGGUGCCAAAUAAAACAAUUUAUGUGAAAAGUGCAUUGGCCUUCCAAUCUUAACAUGGGAGUUUUCGCGGAAUAAAUUAUUUAUAAGCAUUGCAGAAGGGAUAUGAUGAUGGUGUCCAAACUCGACAGAGGACUAAACUGUGCAUUUCGGUUAACCGAUUUUCUCGGAAUGACACAAAUGACAAAUCUUCGAGGCCCUCAAUGCAAACUGCGGACAAAGUGAACCAAAUUUGAAAUGUGGGUUUACUUCUUUUUCACCAGAUGACUGGAGACCGGAACAAACUGCCUAAGUCGGUUGUUCUGACGGAUAGCGUUCAGCUAUCUAAAAGAAGACAUGACGUCAGUUUAACUGAUAGCCAUCUAUUUGCUCAACAUGGACAGAUAUAAUGUAUCCAUAUAGCUGUGUAAACAUUUGCACGUUUAUCCUGAGUAUACCUGUAAAUGGAAUGUUUAUAGGACCUACAGUAGUUGGACUAAUUCAGGAAAUGUUAACCGAAAUUCUGAAAUGCGUUCCCGUUUCGAAAAGAUCACUUAAUUAGGGUUUUAAAAUUAGUCAUUAUGCAGCAUGAUUCUUAAGUAAUUCAGUUACUUCGGGAUACCGACUUUUGAAUGAACUUCUUCCCAGCCUCAUGCAAAAAUCACACUCUGCAAAAAUGGCUAUUUAAAUAGCAUGAGUUUUUCUCCAUGAUUUUCGAUGCCCUCAAAAAUUCAAUCAUACGUUAUGUAAAACAUGCAUAAAAUAUUCCAUCUUUUACCCAUCCGGUAGAAAAUUACGCCUUCUUAAACUUUUAUACUUGAAGAAAGGGUAUAAUUCAGUUUUCAAAAACUGUACUAAUUCCCGAAUGAUUUUGAGCCCGUUGUGCUGAGGUAACUGGAUUAUUAAAGAAUUAUGCUGCACAGCGAUUAAUUUUGAAACCCUACUGAAGAGAUCUUUUCAAAACGGGAACGCAUUUCAGAAUUUCGGUUAACAUUUCAUGAAUUAGCACACUUACUGUACCUUUCUCCCUUAUAUAUACUGUAUCUCCGCAAACAUAGUAGACCGGAGUUACUUUUAUUCAACGCAUAUACUUGCGUUGUCUUUAGAAUAUGAUUAAACACACUCAAAGUCGCCAGUAAAAACAAAUUUUUGCGAAUUUCUGGUUACGGUUGAAAUGUCUUCCAUGUAAAGAAGGGUGAUUAGCGGACCCAGAACCGUGUCUUGAAGUGUGUCAAUCGCGAUCUAGUGGGACGUCGAAUAUCAAAUACUACCUAAGAUUUUCUGGUGGCGGUUGGACAAGUAGGAUCCAGUGAAGUCGAGUGAUCGGGCAUUAAAUCGUUGUUGUCUUUCAAUUUCCCCCUCUGUAAGCCCAGCGGUUAAACGUAACUACCUUGACUUUGCUAGCUACAUCAAGGACUUGUAAAUAAUUUUACAUGCACUCUAGACUGACAUACUAUUUUCAGAAUAAUGAGCCAAACUGAAAUGAGUAAGAAGAGGUCUUCUCGAUUCCCUUCCAUUAAAGAUCUUUAAAUCAAGUGCUACUUCGUCUACUGUCUCGAACUUCCUGAAAAACAGACUUCAAGGGCCACGAAAACAGAUUAAAGAUCCUCCUAUAGGCCGAUUAUAGGUCUAUUUAAGGAUCACCGGAAUAUUUGAAAUUGCUUCAAAAGUGAGACUCACGAAAUUUAGGCGUCGGGGGCUUUCAGCUGUUAAUGAUGUAAAUCCCUUCAGAUCGAUUACUCAGGUCUUCCGUCAGAAAUCGUCAGCUAAGCCCUAUCCAGUCCUCCCGUACUUGCUUAAUCGCAGCAAUUCAUUCAUUAUACAGAAGUCCCGAAAAGCGGAACUGUUAAAUUCAUUAGCUAGAUCGCAGUUGGUAGCCAGGAAUGGAGAAGCGGACGACGACCUUAACCCUAAUCCUAACCUUUACGCUAACCUCAACCUUAAACGUUAACCGUUAACCCUAACGACAACCCUAACCCUAACCGAAAUCGUAAACGUAACCGUAGACCUUAGACAUAGCCGUAACUGAAAAACCUAAUCGUAAUACUGAAACCUAAUCAUAUGCUCAAACCCUAACCGUAACCCGAAAACAUAAGCCUAAAGGCAUAACACUAAUCCAAAAAUCGGAAGCCAUUAACCGGCACCCUAAUCCUAACCUCCAGCGUAACACGGAAGCCAAAUGGGUCAGAUGUGAUUAUGGAGCCCCGCAAAAUAGCCCCAGUAAACAAACCCCCCGCCACCUGUAAUACGGGUCAUGGCUACCAACUGCGAUCUAGCCCAUUCAUUCCUUCCCAAUCAUUUUACCAUUGGAACUGAUUAAAUCUCUUCAAUUCCUCCGUCCCCUGAUGCUUUCCUCACCAUUGCUUAUUUUGCUUCUGCAAGUACCCAGGAACUGAUAAGCCAGCUAAAUAACUCGCACUCAGUCAGCAGUGACAGCAUCCCGAGCCCUCUUAUCAAACAGCUAAGAGAUUUUCCUCCUCUGCUAACCAAAUUAUUCUCAGUCUUUCCGAGAAUGGUUUCCUUGAAGAGAUUUAAAGUAUGGGUAUUUGCUGGUAGUGAGUGAACAAGCUCAGACCUACCGAAAACGUAGUAAUAUCUUUAAAGUGUCGAAACAAAAGGGACCGAAAUUAGAAUGCCAAUAAACUUUCGAAAGAUUUAAAUCUCCAGCGGUUAUUUUCAAGUUAAGAGCAAAUUCUGAAAAUGGUGUAAAGAUUCUGCAAAUUUGUGCAUCACUGCUUGAUGGUGAGGGUGGGUUAAGAAUACAACCAGGAAUAGCCUUGAUUUGCGGUUAGAGAAUAUUAGACAUGAAACGGAAAAUUAUAGAUAAAGAAGAGGCGUUCAGAUCACACGAAAAUCGUUCAGGGCAACGUGUAAUAUGAAGGAGGCAACCACUAAUUACCCGGGUCUGGGAGCAGAAAUUAAACUUAUCAAUGGAAAUGAGGAGUCGGGAAUCAGAGAGGCAUAUUAGUUAUCCGUAAGGUUAUAGGGGACUACGCGAAGCCUACGUAGGACAAUGUAAGAUUGUGCGAAACAAUCAAACAAUCUUCCUAUAAUGUAAUAUUAUCAGGAACAAUACGAUACCUGAUUCAAUAUUAUUUUACUUACUUUGACUGUGACUUGCCACUGAAAAUUUCGUGCUGCUGAUCCUAAUUCAUCUUUUUUCAGCUGAUAGUCCAGACAACUAUGAUAAGCCCUCUGAGAGGCACAAACGAACGAUACGACAGAUUCUGAACAGCUGGACCGAGCACUUCAGAAGCGCCCUCAACAGUCGCACCACAAUCACCGACGCUACCACCGCCCGGCUCCUCCAAAUAGAAACCAACACCGACCUGGACCUCCAGCCCUCUCUCUGA